AUGGCCGACGCAAAUUACGGUGGCUAUACUCGCUUCGAACUUGAGCUCGAGUUCGUCCAGUGCUUGUCCAACCCUCUCUAUCUCAACCACCUGGCAACCCAGAAGCUGCUGGACGAUCCAGAGUUCAUUGCAUACCUCUCCUACCUCCAGUACUUUGCAGAGCCAAAAUACAUCAAAUAUCUGUCCUACCCGGGUCCUACCAUACGAGCACUUGAGCUUCUUCAGCAGGACAGAUUCAGAAAGGAUAUUCUGAUCCCCGAGACUGUGGCCAGGAUGGCAGAGGAGGGUCUUCAAGCCAGCACUGAUGGUCUCCACCGCGACUGA